CUGAAGCUGCGCCCGCCUCGCACUCCCGAGAUUAUUAUAAUGUCAUCGUGACAAAAAAACUAACCGGCAUGCACCGCACCGAGCCAGGCGGCGAUCGGUCUGCGCAGCGCCGUCAUCUCUACUAUUUUCACUCUAUUGCUUCAAGGUCAAACUCCUCCUUUGAGGACAACCAUCGACUCUUGAGCCUGUUUUUCUUUUCUUAGUUUCUGUUUCGUUUCCAUGAAGAAAACAUGAAACUGUUGAAGGAACAUGAAACUCCAUCACUGACAGUGAAUGAGAUUCUCAACUGCAAUGGCAGAAAACACUUACAACUCCCCCUCAGCUUCUGAAAAGGAAGUUGGUACAGGACAGUCAGCACCGUACAGGACCUGGCUGACUUCUUCUAAACUGCUGGCAUGCUUUGUUCUAAUAGCAGCGAUUGGGUUACAGAUUUUCAACCAAGAGAACAGCUCUGUGAGUGACACAGCACAAGAAUUAACCGAAGAGCUUCGGAUCCUGCUGAUUGGAAAGACGGGUGUGGGCAAGAGUGCAACAGGAAACACCAUCCUGCGCAAAAAUGCCUUCAAAUCUCAGAUCUCUUCUUCCUCUGUAACCUCACAGUGUGACAAAGUCAGCGGCAAUGUGAAUGAAAGAAAAGUCACUGUUAUUGACUCUCCAGGUCUGUUUGACACUGACUUAACUCCAGAUGAGGUUGUCAGUCGGGUUAAACUGUGCAUUCCGCUGUCCUCUCCAGGUCCACAUGUCUUUCUAGUUGUGAUUCAGUUAGGUAGAUUUACAGAGGAAGAGAGAAAAACAGUUGAGAUAUUUCAAGAGAUUUUUGGCAAGGAGUCCUCCAGGUACACCAUGGUGCUGUUCACACAUGGAGAUCAACUUGGGAAGCAGAACAUUCAUCAGUUUGUACGUAAAAACUCAAAUCUUUUGGAUUUCAUCAAGAAGUGCAGCGGCCGAUACCACGUGUUCGAUAACAAAGAUCAGGAUCCGGACCAAGUCCUUCAGCUUCUGGACCAGAUUGAUAAGAUGGUCACUGGAAAUGGUGGAGAACACUACACCACAGCGAUGCUACAGGAGGCUGAGAGAGCGAUAGAAGCAGAGAAACAGAGGAUCUUGAAAGAGAACGAAGCACAGAGACAGAAAGAGAUAGACGACCUGAAGACACAGUUAGAAGGGGAAAUGUUGGAAAAUGCAAUAAAGAUUCUACAGGAGCAACAAGAGAGAGAGGCAAGGGAUAAAGCUGAAAGAAACAACCCAUGGCUUGCCCGCAUUGGUGGAUUUUUAUGGAAAAUUAUCAGUAAGGUUGUGUUUUUUUUUAAGAGAAUUGCUGUUUCAUUUCCAUGUAGAAACGAAAGACAGAUGUGUGAUUCAAGGAACACGAAACUUAAGAACACAAGAUUCUCAACUGCAAUGGCAGCUUCUAAUAAUCAGGUUGGUACAGGACAGUCAGCACCGCACAGGACCUGGCUACCCUUUUCUACACUGCUGGUAGUCUUUGUUCUAAUAGCAGCAAUUGGGAUACAGAUUUUCAACCAAGAGAACAGCUCUGUGAGUGACACAGCACAAGAAUUAACCGAUGAGCUUCGGAUCCUGAUGAUUGGAAAGACGGGUGUGGGCAAGAGUGCAACAGGAAACACCAUCCUGCGCAAAAAUGCCUUCAGAUCUGAGAUCUCAUCUUCCUCUGUAACCUCACAGUGUGAAAAAGUCAUCAGCAAUAUGAAUGAAAGAAAAGUCACUGUUAUUGACUCUCCAGGUCUGUUUGACACUGAUUUAACUCCAGAUGAGGUUGUCAGUCGGGUUAAACUGUGCAUUCCGCUUUCCUCUCCGGGUCCACAUGUCUUUCUAGUUGUGAUUCAGGUAGGUAGAUUUACAGAGGAAGAGAGAAAAACAGUUGAGAUAUUUCAAGAGAUUUUUGGCAAGGAGUCCUCCAGGUACACCAUGGUGCUGUUCACACAUGGAGAUCAACUUGGGAAGCAGAACAUUCAUCAGUUUAUACGUAACAGUUCAAAUCUCUUGGAUUUCAUCAAGAAGUGCAGCGGCCGAUACCACGUGUUCGAUAACAAAGAUCAGGAUCCGGACCAAGUCCUUCAGCUUCUGGACCAGAUUGAUAAGAUGGUCACUGGAAAUGGUGGAGAACACUACACCACAGCGAUGCUACAGGAGGCUGAGAGAGCGAUAGAAGCAGAGAAACAGAGGAUCUUGAAAGAGAACGAAGCACAGAGACAGAAAGAGAUAGACAAACUGAGGGCAGAGUUAGAAGGGGAAAAGUUGGAAAGGGCAAUAAAGAUUGAAAGGGAGAAACAGGAGAGAGAGGCAAGGUAUGAAGCUGAAAGAAGCAGCUCUGUGUUUACCCGCAUUGGUCAAUUUUUAUAUAAAAUUGUCCGUAUGUUUUCUUCUGAAAAGCAAGUUGGUAAAGGACAGUCAGCACCGUACAGGACCUGGCUGACUUCUUCUAAACUGCUGGUUCUCGUUAUUGUAAUGGUAGCGAUUGGAUUACAGACUUUCAACCAAGAGAACAGCUCUGUGAGUGACGCAGCACAAGAAUUAACCGAUGAGCUUCGGAUCCUGCUGAUUGGAAAGACGGGUGUGGGCAAGAGUGCAACAGGAAACACCAUCCUGCGCAAAAAUGCCUUCAGAUCUGAGAUCUCCUCUUCCUCUGUAACCUCACAGUGCGAUAAAGUCAGUGGCAAUGUGAAUGAAAGAAAAGUCACUGUUAUUGACUCUCCAGGUCUGUUUGACACUGACUUAACUCCAGAUGAGGUUGUCAGUCGGGUUAAACUGUGCAUUCCGCUGUCCUCUCCGGGUCCACAUGUCUUUCUAGUUGUGAUUCAGCUAGGUAGAUUUACAGAGGAAGACAAGAAAACAGUUGAGAUAUUUCAAGCGAUUUUUGGCAAGGAUUUCUCCAGGUACACCAUGGUGCUGUUCACACAUGGAGAUCAACUUGGGAAGCAGAAUAUUCAUCAGUUUGUAUGUAAAAACUCAAAUCUUUUGGAUUUCAUCAAGAAGUGCAGCGGCCGAUACCACGUGUUCAAUAACAAAGAUCAGGAUCCGGACCAAGUCCUUCAGCUUCUGGACCAGAUUGAUAAGAUGGUCACUGGAAAUGGUGGAGAACACUACACCACAGCGAUGCUACAGGAGGCUGAGAGAGCGAUAGAAGCAGAGAAACAGAGGAUCUUGAAAGAGAACGAAGCACAGAGACAGAAAGAGAUAGAUGACUUGAGAGCACAGUUAAAAGAGGAAGAGUUUGAGAGACAGAAAAAGAAGAUAGAGAAACAACAUGAAGACGAGGCGAGAGAAAAGGCUGAAAGAGGCAGUUCAUAUGUUGACAAGAUCUUUCAGAUUUUGAUUGAACUUGUUUUACGAUAUUUUGGGUUACACAAAACAUUUUCUGAGAACUUUUCACUGAAGUUGUUACUCACCAUAUAGCUCAAGAAAAUAAAAGAAUGGGACACCAUGCAAAAUAAACUGAAUAUAAUAAGGGCCAGUUGUGUUUAUGGUUUAUAACAGGUUAUCGUUUAGCUUUCUUUAGGUUCCUUUGCUGUAAGUAUCUCCAAAAUCAGCUCCAGUUUUAGAGGGGUUUAAAGCUGAGACCAAGACUUCCACUAUGUCUUUAAACGACAUUACUGGGAUGUUUUCACAAAUUGCAGUGGGCCUGGUAUUCUUGAAACUGACAUACUGAGCUUUACUUAUAAUGGUAACACACAGCCUGUGUCCACUUUGCAGUUCAGUUUGGUGCCAUUGAUACUCAUGACGUUUGUAUAGGAGGUAGCUUUGGCUCUAUAUACCUUCUUAAAGUGACCUUUCCCACAUUUACAGUACGUCUAUAGAUCUGUGCUCCGAUGCUGAAUGCUGACCUAUGCACCUGUGGCAUAGCGGCCCUUGAAUCAAUGAACUUGAAGGCUUUUGCACCACCUUUUUGUGUGCUUGUCCCAUUUUAGAUUUGACAACCCAACUUCAUCUGUCCAUGAAUCCUGUAACUCUUUAACACAUCUAUUAGCAGUUUUAAGUUGCUUUGUGUCUACAGGUGUAACACAGAAAGAAAAUUAUUGGAGAGCAUGUGUUAUAUUUUAGAUGAAUAAAGCAUUUAAUCAGAUGAUUUUUGUUGAAUGUUGAAUUUAAUACCCUAUACAGUUCUGUGAAUUUAGGUCAUAUU